AUCUUUGCUCGUAUCAGUGGUAAACGAGAAACGCCUGGAAGAUAUCUGAUUUAAACAUGUUUUUGAAGGUUUUGUCAAGAAUUCUCCCAUCCACCUUGAGAAAACCUUUAUUUCUUCUUUUAAAUUCUUCCAGGGUACUUUUUUAUCAAUCAGAUUGUAACUGCAGAAACUUUAGGAGCCUAUUUUGCAAGUUUUUUGUUCCGUUUUUGCUGACAGAUGGUCGUAGAAUGCCGAAAGGGAAGAAAACGUCGAAGGCCAACGAAAAGGCUGAUAGUUCUACAUCAACAGCAAACUCAGCACAGUCUGCAGUAACAAUGUCCAAAGAUGGCAGCAUAAUCAUUAAUGUUCAAGCAAAACCUGGAGCCAAACAAAAUAAUAUUACAGAGGUGUCGGAACAAUGCGUAGGGAUUCAAAUAUCUGCACCGCCAAAGGAAGGAGAAGCCAAUGAAGAGCUUGUGAGUUAUUUAGCGGCUUUACUUGGAGUAAAAAAAAGUGCAGUUACUUUAGAAAGAGGGUCAAAAUCAAGACAGAAAACUGUUAGUAUUGAAGGACGUAAUCUGACUGUAGAGAAUGUCAUGGCUUCCCUUCUGAAAGAAGUAGCUGGUUCAUAGGUGAUUUAUCUGUGAAAUCUUUGUCUGUGAAACAGCAAUCAAUCAAUCAAUCAAUCAAUACUGUAUUUAUUAAAGCAGGAUGAACUUACAUAUUGCUAUAAUAAAAUAUAAAUAAACUAUGACUACAUUUAAUAAAAAUACACAGAUGAUUAUUGAAAAUUUUGCACACUGAUUGGUCAAGAAACUCUCACUGUCACACGAUAAUCACCUCCAGCGAUAAUC